UGACAGUCACUAAGAAACCAAAAUGCUAUCGCACUUGUCUACAGGCACUGGAGGUGUUGCCCUGGGCAUGUACAACACAGACAGCUCAAUCAGAGACUUUGCCCACAGCUCCUUCCAAAUGGCUCUGUCCAAAGUCUGGCCUCUCUACCUCAGCACCAAGAACACCAUCCUGAAGAAGUAUGACGGACGCUUUAAGGACAUCUUCCAGGAGAUCUACGAAAAAGAAUACAAAGCUCAAUUUGAAGCCAAAAAAAUCUGGUACGAGCACCGCCUCAUCGAUGAUAUGGUGGCCCAGGCCAUGAAGUCUGAGGGAGGCUUCAUCUGGGCCUGCAAGAACUACGAUGGAGACGUGCAGUCGGACUCCGUGGCACAAGGCUAUGGCUCUCUGGGUAUGAUGACCAGUGUUCUGAUCUGUCCCGAUGGACGCACAGUAGAGUCUGAGGCUGCUCAUGGCACAGUGACCCGUCACUACAGACAGCACCAGCAGGGCAAAGAGACCUCUACU